AUGACCAACUUCAAUAUACAGAUCAUUUCCGACACUGUGUGCCCGUGGUGCUAUGUCGGCUACCGCCGUCUCUCGCGCGCAAUCGUCGCACACCAAAGCAACCAUCCAAGCGACACAUUCACCCUAACCUGGAAGGCAUUUUACCUCAACCCAGCCUCGCCACAAUUCCCAGGCGUCAACAAACAAGAGAUGUACAGUUUGAAAUUCGGACCCGAGCGCUCAGCCGCCAUGUUCAAACGGCUGUCAGCCGUCGGGGAAGGCGAGGGGAUCAGUUUCAAGUUUGGUGGGAAUACAGGGUCGACUCGAGACUCACACCGACUUCUUUGGGAAAGACUGGAGCGCAGAUUGGGGGGGAUCCAGACGCGGGUGGCAGAGAAGUUGUUCAAGGCGUACUUUGAGGAUGAGAAGAAUAUCACGGAUGUGAGGGUCUUGGAAGAGGCGGGAGUCGAGGCUGGCUUGGCGAGAGAGGCUGUCAAGGGUUUGCUUGACUCGGAGGAUGGAGGGGCGGAGGUUGAUGGGGAGGCGAAGAUGGCGUCGAGGAGAUUGGUCAGUGGGGUUCCUUAUUUCGAGGUGCAGGGCAAGUAUUGCGUGGAGGGAGCUGAUGAGCCGGAGACAUUCUUGGAGAUCUUUGAGAUGAUUAAGGAGGACGAGUGA